CGCCCUCCCGCAGCGCGUGGGUGGUCGAGUUCUACGCCUCGUGGUGCGGCCACUGCGUCCACUUCGCGCCCACCUGGAAGGCGCUGGCCAGGGACGUGCAGGAUUGGAGGCCCGCCGUGAUGCUGGCUGUGCUGGACUGCGCUGAGAUCUCCAACCAGAAAACAUGCAACGAAUUUGGGAUCACCGGCUACCCGACAUUGAAGUUUUUCAAGGCGUUCUCCAAGAAACCAGAGGAUGGCAUCAGACUCUACCACCACGGCGAUAACAUCCAGAGCCUGAGAGAGUCCAUCAUCGACUCGCUGGAGAGCCACAAAGGCGAGCUGCCGCCUGCGUGCCCACCUCUGGAGCCCAUCAGCACGGCAGGACUUCACAGCUUCUUCCAGGCUAACCGCGUGACUUACCUGGCCCUGAUCUUUGAGAAGGAAGGAUCCUACUUGGGCAGAGAGGUGGCUCUGGACAUGCUGAACUUUAAGAACGUUGCGGUGAGGCGAGUCCUGGAGAGCAACGAAGAGCUCGUGAAAAGGUUCAACGUCACCGCUUUCCCGUCUGCCUACUUGCUGUUCAACAACGGCUCCUGCAGCAGGAUCCCCGUGCACGUUGAUGCGAGACCCGCUUACACCCACUAUCUGAGGAGGUUGCCUGGGGUCGUUCGAGGCGACUCCUUCAGGCCCACCGUGCUGCCCACGGCAGGGCCAAGCACGACCGUUGCCCCCUGGCGGCUGGUGGACAGGAAGAAGGUGUACAUGGCCGAUGUGGAGUCAGCGGUGGUGUAUACCCUGAGGAGCGAGGCUGCACGCUACCCCUACCUGGAGAAGGAGCGGCUUUCCGCCCUGAAGCAGUACGUGAACGUCCUCACCAAGUAUUUUCCUGGACGUCUCAUGGUCAUGAACUUCCUUCUCAACCUGGACUUUUGGCUGAAGUCGAAGACAAAUAUUUCACAGAGCGAGUGGGAGGAGGCCCUGCGGAAUAAAGAGGAGCUUCCAAAUGCAAGAUUGCCCGAGAAAACAAUUUGGGUCGGAUGUCAGGGAAGCAAACCCGGGUUCCGAGGCUAUCCGUGUAGUCUGUGGACCCUCUUCCACCUGCUGACAGUACAAGAAGCGCUGCUUGACCCCAAGACCAGGAGGUCGCCGGAGGCCCUCCGGGCGAUGAGAGCAUACGUCCGGCAUUUCUUCGGCUGUCGGGAGUGCGCGGAGCACUUUGAAGGCAUGGCCGCCGAAGACAUGGACAAAGUGCAGCACACCGAUGCGGCCAUUCUGUGGCUUUGGUCAAGGCACAACCGAGUCAACGCUCGCUUGGCAGGGAAGACGAGCGAGGACCCCAGGUUCCCCAAGAUUCAGUGGCCUCCCCAGGAGCUCUGUUGGACGUGCCAGAUGAACAUCAACGGCCAGCGCAUCUGGAACAAGGCCUCCGUCCUGAAAUUCUUCAAACACCACUUUUCCACGCGCAACAUUUUCCUGGACUUCUUGGAGCCCAGGCGGGUGGCCCCGGCCAGAAACGGUCGCGAUGUGCAGGAUGGAGUCCCCGGGGCUGCGGGGGAGCCGGCAGAGGGAGGCGGCGGCGAGGAGCAGGCGAGGACGGAGAAGCAGGAGAGCAGGAGAAAGAAGCCCGGCUCGGAAAGACCGGGCCCCGCAGACCUGCACAGGCCGAGCAUCGUCAGGAUGAGCACCAAGACGAAAACGCUGGGGGAAGACAUCGUCGACCUGGACAGCUUCAGCGAGCAGCACUUCAAGAGCAAGGCCUUGAAGGCGGCGGGCCAGGCCGGCCCCAGGUCCCGGCGGAGCAGGCGGGACACCGGGGUGGUGCUGGUCCCGGACGAGGGCCACCAGUCCUUCGACCACGAUCCCGUCUGGGAGCCCCGGCGGCACGGGGGCCCGAAGCGCACGGGCGCCAUGGAGGAGCCGGAGGCGGCGGCAGAGGGCAGCUUGGUCCCCGGGAGGCGGAGCCAGUGGUUCCACAUCCUGGGAGCGGGCUUCUCCCGGCUGGACGUCAGCCUGUGCAUUGUGCUGUACCUCCUCUCCUCCCUGUGCUUGCUGGCCAUGUACACCUUCUUCCGCGUGCGCAUGAAGUACCACAAGAGCCGCCUGGGCUUGCCGUCGGCUUGA